AAUGGCGUUUAAUGUGAGAGGAUUGGUUUCUUCUCUUUUGUCUCGUUUUCCGCCAACAGAACUUGUGUUUGCUUAUGGAUCAGCGGCCUUACAGCAGCACGGGAGAGAUAAGGGCAAGAUGCUUGAUCUGGUCUUUGUUGUGAAUAACUCUCAGUCGUGGCAUAAGGAGAACAUUCAAACUAAUCCAUCUCAUUACUCUUUCUUAAGAUAUUUAGGCGAGUCUUACAUAGUUAAUGUUCAACACAGACCAGCUGGACUAUACUACAAUACACUGGUUCAUAUUGAUACUCAUGAUCAACUAAUCAAGUAUGGAGUGAUGUCGGUUGGUGAUUUCUGUAGAGAUUUGAAUGAAUGGGAGUGGCUAUAUGCUAGUGGGCGUAUGCAGAAGCCAGUCACAUUAUUAAUCAAUUCAAAGAAUGACACUACACAUCAUGAGCUGAGCAGGGCUGUACAAUACAAUCUGCAGUUUGCUCUCUUAACUUCACUGCUACUACUGAACAAACCAGUCGUAACAGAAUGGGAAUUGUUUCUGAAAUUAAUAAGUAUUUCUUAUAUGGGCGAUUUCAGGAUGACUGUUGGAGAGGAUAAGAAUAAAAUUAUUAAUAUAUUAAAGCCAGCUGUUCCCGAAUUCAAACAACUCUAUUCACCAUUUAUUAAUCAAUAUUUAACUCUAAACAGUGAUAGCUCCUACACAGUCAAUAUCUCCUUAAAAGUUGAAGAUCAUGCAAGACAAUUGCCAUCAAAAGUUUAUAAAAACAUGCAAAAUGGACAGACUUUAGAAGAAGCUAUUACAUCAAUAGUUACUGUCAGCAGUAGACAGCAAGCUUUAAAAGGAAUAUUAACAGCAGGGGCUAAGAAAACAAUUGUCUACAGUGGCUUAAAACUAGUCAAAAUGUUUAAAAGUUUAUUCUAGUGCUUGUGGAUCAUUACAUUAA